AUGGCCUCUUCAGAGAAACGGUCCGCUUCCCCAGUAGAGCCAUUUAAUCCGAAGAAGGCGAGAACUUCACUUCUGACUAGUAAAUACAAAACAAGUCCAACUCCCGAGUCCGAGCCUGCGCGCGCAGUGAUUACUCGUGGUACUGAGUGGCUUUCAAUUUCUGGCCUGGACAGGGAUACCUCGAGCAUCAAUACCUUGAUUGUUCGCACUACGCAAGAGCUCGCACGACAAGGGAAACGCCUUGUCCAUGCGCCGAAACUUUUUCCUGAUGGCAUUUGUUUUGAUUGGCUGCUGGAUUUCUCUGCCAAGGAAGAGGAUGUGAAGGAUCUGAUGAAUGUAGAAGGUGUGAGUCAACCAGCUUUGCAGACACUUUUCCAAGGGAAGCCUAGAGGGGUUCGGUCAACAAGAUGCGGAAGCAGGGGAUCUCCCACUGAGGCACCUCUCAUUAUUCAUCUCCUCUCUGAUGAUGAAUCGGAGUCGCCGAUGUUGGCGUCAAGAAGAGUUCCUCAAGGAGGCCUUGAUGCUUCUAAUCCGAUAUGUAUCGACACAGAUGACGAACAAGAUCCACCGGUCUCCCCACCGACAAAAUAUCCGGUUACUGACGGAACCAUGUCGCGCCUCAAUAAGAAUGGUUCGUCUAUACGUGGGUCCAGCAGACGCCAAGCUCUUGAUGACGAAGGGCGAACUGGGAUUGUCUCGAGGUUAUUGCUGCCUGAAGUGGAGCCUGAGUCUUCGUCAGAAUGUGGUCAAAGUGACAUGGAACUCGACAGCGAUACAGAACCUUCCGCAUCUAUCAGAGCGAAUGGCAGUGGUCAGAGUCUUGUUUUCGAACCACGGACGGCUUCUCCGGAGCAUCGUAAAAUGUCCCGCAUUCCAGCAGCAAGAAGGUCAAGUAACAGCGCUCCUUUGUGCCAGCCAUCUCAUUCCAUGACAGUACAUCGAUCGUCGACGCCAGGUAGUUCAGCGUCCAUCGAAAGUUCAAGGUCGAGUUCUGUUGUUCCGGAAGUUGACGUCGUUCUCACGACGGUUUCCUCGCGUCACUCCACUGAUCAUCCCGACGUGUCUUCGUUGUAUGGCGAAUUCAACAUGCUUGCGACAAGCUCAGACAACGACGUCGAUGACGAUGAAGAUGUACAAGAGGAUCCUGCGUCAGGGUCGUCAUCUUCUGGCAGAGGCGCCCCUAGGUCAGCACCCUCCACGGGCACUUCUGAGCAAGCACUUCUGCACCACCCGCCCCACAGAGCCCCCGCAAGAUCAUCGUUAUCACGGUCAUGGUCCGGUGGCCACGCAAGGAGUAUUGCCAAAGAUCCCUCCAUAGACACUCAUAGAUCAGCAUCGAUUGCAAAGUUGCCUAGACGCGCCGUCCCUGCACGAAACCGCCUCGCCCAUCCGAAUAAAGGACUCAGUCUUAGUAGCGAUGAUGAGGGUGACGGCGGCGAGAAUCUACUGGAAGGUUUCGAGAGCGAUCGGCUCAGUUUACCGUCACGGAAAGAUCCUCAUGUGGGACGCGCUACGGGAUGGGAAGACACCGGGAGCAAUGGACUAUCGGUCAACAUCCCGAAGACGAAUUUUGCUCGGGGAAGACGUUUGCUGGCUCCCUCCGAUCUCCUUCCGUACACCACAGUUGCUAUGCGCGGAGACGCGCAAUUCAUCAGGAAGGACCAGCUAAUUUCGUAUUAUUCUUUGCCGCCAUCGCUUGACCCUUCUGGUGGUCCUGAUCAUCACGUUGAGGACUGCUGCCUCAUUGCAGGCAACACGGUGGUGGUCGGAUAUGACUCAAGGCCAUGCCAAGUAUCCCUAAUACCGUUAGCUACUGAUCAGCGUCCAAGGCGUAUAAACUUGUCUCACAGGGCUCACAAUACUGUCCAGGAAACUCCAACUGCGGGUGUAUCGCAGUUGAACCGCGGAAUCAGUGCUCUGGCUCCCGUCAAUGGACAUCGAUUGCGUUUCUUAUCUGGCGGCCACGACAAGACAGUCCAUUUAUGGACCGUGACACAUAACGGUGAAAAUUACACCGCUCGGUCCGAACGACUGAACAUCUCUCAUUCUCACCCGGUGCACGCACUUGCGUACCGUGCCUUCGAUGAAACUGUACUGUCAUGCGCAGGGACAUGCAUCCACACGACGAAGCUCUCGGCACAUAGAGGCCAUGAUCCGAGCCAGGUCUCAGGAAACAUACUCCAAGUUCACGUUCAUCCGCAAGCACCCCAUUUAAUCAUCCUCGAGGUCAGACAUAUGGACCGACAGGUGCAACUCUACGACACGCGCAAGGCCAAUUUUGCACGGACACCAUGCUUGGAAUUUGGUUAUCGUGAUACUAGUAACCUCGAGAGCAGUACGCGAACUACAACAAGUCGGUACACAAAAGGAGCUCCUUGUAUGAGUUUCUUCGGACGCGGGUACGCGGAUGGGACCGUUCGGAUCUGGGAUUAUCGCAAGCCAAAUAAUGUAUUGACACGGUUUCACUGCCAGCGGCCAGCGCCCGUAGUCCAUACAGUGUUCUCUGAUUCCGGAUCUACCGUAAUCGCUUACGGCGGCCAUUCGGUGACCUUCUGGGACGUGAACGGUAGUACUUAG